AUGAAAAUCAACAGCGCAAAUGAUCAACCAAAGAAGCAGACAGAUUUGAACUCAUCUCUUCCUUUAGGAUUGUUUAAGAAGGACUCUUCCCGAGCACACAUUGUUCUUUUAAAACUAUCUAAUAUUGAAUGGAUUCAGGUACUUGCAUAUGGAGUGUUUGAUCAAGACUUUAGGGAAUGCAGGAAUUUAUUUUUGAGUUGUAAAACGAUCUAUGAAAUGACUCACGAAAACGACUGGUUUUGGAAGCUCAUGAUUCAUAUCAUGUUGUGGCCUCAUGUCAAGAAAAAUCGUGGAUGUUAUGGUUCCGUUCCCACUAUGGGACAGUUCAUUAGAGAUGUAGAUUCGUUGGCUGUAUUGGCCAAAAAAACUAAAUUUCAUACAAGAUUGAUCAAGAGAGAUGAUCCUCCUAAAACCAUCUUUUUGACCAUCUAUCGGAAAGUGGUUUGCUCGACAGGGUAUCAUGAAUUCGUUCCAAGAUUUUCACAGGGUAUCUGUCUCGAUAGAUAUUUGGAAAAAGUGGAUUUUAACCUUAAAAACAAUUUUCAUGUGCAAAGAAUGGCGAAUAAUAAUGCAUUCCUCAUACGGAAUUUUGAAAGAUUCCUCAUCAAGAUGAGAUAUGACAAUGAGUAUGCUGGAAGUGCCUUAGAUUUUGAAUUAGAGGCUUAUCAGAUUUCUCUUUCUCUUGCUUUUCGCAACGCUGUUCAGAGCUCUUGCAGUUUAUUGAAACUGGAAAUUGAACAGUUACAUACCAUUGUCUCUGGUGAUACCUUAUUUAAGAACCGUUUACAAGCGAUCAAUCAGCUUAUUGACAGGAAAGAAGCCUAUUCAGAACUGUUGGAAGUGGCUUGCGAUCAUUAUAGAUUCUGUGUGGCUAAAUAUCACAAAAAACCAAACUUUGAUCAGAUUUUACAGGAGGAUUUUAUCAAGAUUUUAGAAAAAUUGAAUGAGAGAAAGUAUUAUUCAUGGUCUCUGAUAGGAUCGUCCUAUUCAAGCAUUUUUUCUUUAAUAUUUAAGAGGAUAUAUUUGGAGACUGUUUCACUAACAAACAAAUUUUCUCUCAUUGAACGACUGCCUUCUAACAUUGUGCUUCCAUUCCCAGUGUCACAUUUUACAAUAUUUGAAAGUAUUAUCAACGAACUACACACUUAUUGCGAACCAUACAACCAUACUAUUUCCUUUUAUAGCGACCACUCAUUAUUUUCUUUUAUUUCACAUCAUUACGAGUCUACGAAAAGCAUUGCAAAUGCAAUUAUGAACAAGAAAGUACAUUACCUUGUCCGUCUUAAAGAUAUGCUGGACUUUGUAACUUUUCAUCAUGAUAAGUUCAUUGACAUUGUUUCUCUCACCAAGAUAUAUCUGGAACAAAAUCAAUCGGGAAUAGAGAUUAUUGCUUCAGUUCUCAACAAUAUAUUUGUAAAGAAUAUUAGUUUUGAAACUCAAUCUCAGUUAAUUGAACAGAUGAUUAAGAACUUCCAAGAAAUGGAAGAAUCGUUGCAGGAACAACCUUUCAAUUUGCUUCAUUCUCUUUGUUGUAAUUAUUACCAACACUUAUCAGAUUUAGAAUCAUCCUCGCAUUUUACUCAAGAGGAAAUUCAAAUGAAAGUGACAAUCUUGUCAAAUGAUUUCAAUAAGAUGGCCCAAUAUUUAUCGUCCCUAGGUUUUCACAGGCCAUGUAAAGACUCAAAGAUUAUUGAAUCUAUAUUGACCUCACGACUGAAAAGGUUUUUCAAUGACAAUCCCUAUGAAAACAUUCCUUCAACACUUACUGGUACCCUGAACUUUUUAAGCUUUGACUUUUCUUCCACGGAAGUCGUAGACAUUGCCACCCUUAUUGAUAGAAAUCAUUUUGGAUGUCCUCAACUGAUGUUUUAUAGCUCCAUGAAAAUUGAAACUGCAUUUGGAAAUCAGCAGUGGAUGGAUUGCUUUGCUUAUUUGUGUGGGUUGCUGGAACAGGAGAAACGUUCCUCGUCAAAACUAUUUGAAUUUAACAUUGCACCGUUGGAAGAAUACUCUUUGACUGAUUUUAAGCAUGAGUUAUAUUCAAGCCUUAUAGUUUGUUAUUUUGAUAUGACCAAAGUUCUUCCAUGA